UUCUGCACACCUAGUACUAGUGAGGCAGAAACGCACUCGAAGAUGUUAGAACUGCCUAGUGAACGGGUCGGACUUGGUCUGGGAGAGAAGUGGAGGAGUUUCAUGACACCGUAUGUCAGAUUCAUGUAUAUUUAUAAGCGUCCGGAGCAGUGUCCCGCGCACACAGUGCCAUACCUAGACAGAGAACCGCUAAAAGCAAUGGGAUACUACCCAAACUCCAAGGAAAGCAGCAUCAGUGGCCGCAGGACCUGGCAUCUCUUUCUAUUCAUUAAGGGCACAAUAUUUUUCUGUUCAAUAUUGUACGCCGCAUUCGAAUCUUUGGACAAUGCCGUAGAACUGGGUCGAGAUCUCGCCUUUAUAAUAGCGUCGUUUUUCAUAUAUUUCAAGUUGAUUUACUUCCUCCUUUGUGCUGAUAAGGUGGACGAGGUAAUCGAUGGCCUGGAGGAGUGUUAUCGUUGGGAGAGAACGGGUCCAGCUGCUGCGGGAGUGAGAUCUGCUAAACGUUUGCACUACCUGAUUAUUAUGGGAAUGCAGAUGAUUUGGAUGGUUUCAAUGUUCGUCUUUAUCGUGCUUUUGAUGUCAACACCUUUAUGGACACAGCAGGACCUGCCAUUCCAUGCUUCGUACCCGUUCCACUUGCAGGACCCAUCGAGGCAUCCGAGAACACACAUUCUCAUCUACUUAUCACAAUGUUUCGACAUUUGUUACUUCCUCACGUGGCUCACCUGCACCGAAUGCCUCUCCGUGUCCAUUUAUUCUGAGCUUACGGCUGCCCUGAGGGUCCUGUGUGUUGAGCUUCGGCACCUGCACCAGUUCUGCAAUGGUGACGAGGAUCUCCUCCGAAGUGAGUCCCAUCGUCUGGUCAGGUUUCAUCAGAAGAUAAUCCGGCUGGUUGAUCGAUGCAAUGAGGUAUUCCACGCACCCUUGAUCAUGCAAAUGAUUGUCAACUUCUUGCUCGUCUCCCUGUCGGUCUUUGAGGCAAUGAUGGCCAGGCAUGAUCCCAAAGUGGCUGCCGAGUUUAUACUACUGAUGUUUCUGGCCUUGGGUCACCUUUCGAUGUGGACUAAAUUCGGGGACAUGAUGUCGCAGCAGUCGAUUGAGGUGGCAGAGGCAGCCUACGAGGCUUAUAACCCAAGCGUUGGCACCAAGGAAAUCUAUUUUAAUAUUCGCUUCAUAAUUAUGCGUGCACAGAAACCAUUGAUAAUGAGAGCCAUACCCUUUCCAACCUUCAAUAUGAUCAACUAUAAGGCAAUACUCAACCAGUGCUAUGGAAUCCUCACGCUUUUGUUGAAUACUUUGGAUUAG